AUGUUUAACAUGAUGUGUAUUAUUUUAUUAUUUUUAAGUUAAUGAGCGAUUAUUAUUACAUAAAAUGAUAUCACAUGUUCAACUGCUAGUUUGUCGGAACAUAAAACAAUAUAUCAUAUUUUGUAUCAAUCAGAUUCUUAUAUUACCUAUCGUUUUUCUUUCUACUUUUAGCUCUAAAAGCCUUGUAACGAGAUUGGUUCACUUUUAUGAAAAUUAUAUUAAACAAUAUGGUUUAUCGCGUGGUCUAUUGUAUGAAAUCGCUACUAGAGAGGCGUUAGGAAGAUCUAAGGCCUGUCACUCAAUAAAGUAUUUGAUUAUUUAGCGUUAUCUGAUAACCACAAAAUUAUAGCCUCAUUCAUUUUCAGAAUAAAAUCCUCUGCACAGCCUUGUCACAACCUCAUUCUUUUUAGAUUUUCAAUAACACCUUAAACUCAAGUGUCAGAAGCAAUGAUAUCAAAGAAAAAGAAAUAAAACCUCAGUUCACGUCUUUGUUUCAAGUUGUUGUUUGAUAAAUAUUUAAAUAAUUAUUUGUAGGAAUUAUUUAUUAGCAAUAAUGUUAAGAAAUGUUCCGUGUAUCCAUGGGGGCAAAGGAAAUGCGGGAUUAUUUUAUGAGAGGAGUCCAAAUAUAGCUGCUGCUGGUAAACCCACAGCUCAACACAAUGAAUCCGUUGCCAAACACCUUCAAUGUUACUUAUUGAAAGACGAAGUCGACGCCCUCAUUGGUGAUGCGAUUAUUCCCAUAACAGAUAUCAAACUAAAACCUCCAAAGCAUAAGGACAUGCGUCAUGCAGGUGCCAAUUCUGCCGGUUCGGAACUUAUUAACCCACCUAGCACUAGUAAAUACCAAGACCUUGUAGAAGACUUAAAAUGUACAGUAUAUAGAUCUUAUUGGAAGUCACGUGUUGGAGCGGUUGCUGAUCAAACUCCUAUGCUACCUAAAGGAUGCAAAAUUCUAACUACUACUAUGGGGAAGAAAACAAAGGUCGAGGAAAGUUUAUACGAUGUUAUAUUGCCAAAAGUUCCCUUACCUGACCUACCAGAUUCCAAACAACCAAGUUAUCGAACGACUCGCAAUUAUUGCUCGCCGGCCUUUGAUCCUAACUCUUGUUUUGGUAAAAAAAGUAAUGUUGGCAAUUUAGGUAGACAUACAAAAUGCUGUUUGACUGACGAAAGAGUCAUACUAGGAAACUCUUCCUGUUCUCAUAUAAAUUCCGUACUAGCCGACUUUAAGCACGUGAAAGACGCACACCUUGGUUUGCCUAGUUCGCCAAAUAGGAACAUUGAUAACGUGCCGACAGAUUUUACGUUUGGAAAAUUAAAACCAUCUAGUAGCAUUUCAGAAGUCAUAACAACUUGCCCCCCGAAUCUCGGAAGACUAUUUUAUUUGAAAUGCCUGAAGCACUUAAAUAAUGUACGAAGAUGUUUAGCUAAAAAUUUGGAUUCACAAUUCUUUCACAGUUUUUAUUUACAUUUAAAAUAUCUUGAUGGAACUAAUUCAGGUUGGCUUUCAAAAGAAACAGUUUAUGAGUUUUGUAUGAGAAAAUAUAUUAAGAUCGAACCGUCUCUGAUGGAACCUCUUUUAGAGUCAUGGAACGCAUUUAACGGUACACAAAUAAAGUAUAAAACUUUUGUUCGAGUAAUUAAUCAUACAGAACCACUACCGCAAUUGCCUAAAAUACCAGAUAUUUCUAAGGAAUGCUUGUACUAUUCUACGACGUAUGAGGAGAUGAUGAAACCUGGACAAAAGGCACCCGACAAGAACACUCGGGCUGGUUUACCAGCAGGAAGGUAUUUUGACAGAAGCUUUCCUGUGAUACCACCUCGUUAUUGUAGGGCCCAUACCGUAUUUCUUAGUGAAGAAACAGACGCAAAGGCAUGUUUGUGUCCGAGUAUUUUUUCUGUUCUGGGCGUCAGUCACCGAGAUAUGUACGCCAAACGUUCCGCAGAAGUAGUAAGAAAGGUGUUUGAGGCUGCUGGAGAAUCUUUUACAGAUCAAAGCUUCAAUGAGCUUUGGGAAGAAGCAAAGCUAUUACAUUCCGAGGGAUGGGUCUCUUUUGCAACUUUUAGAAAAGUCUUAGAUAAGAACCAUGUCGACGCAAUGUAUGUAAACCAAUGACAAUUUGAACUUUGAUUUAUUAGUUAGUUAACAUUUUUGGGAUUGUGUUAUAAGUUGUACUCGUAAUUUAUGAAUUUUGUUAAUGUUAAUGUACCUUAGUUUCAAUAAAUGUUAGGAUUUUCAUGAAAAAUUUGAU